GGGAUUGAGGAGCAGAGAGACGCAGUUCGCCACCAGCCUGAUCCUCACUCAGAGUGUCAGCAAACAAAAACCCACCGCAGGAAUGGAGUCCUCGAACACGCCUGUCCCGGAUGCGGUCCAGCCGCUUAUGGAGCAGCUCCAGGAGGCUCUGGUGCUCGAGGCCAAGUACCAACCGAAUCUACAGCUACCUUCCAAACCCAACACCAAGGGGCUCCACUCGAUCAACGACAACGAGGAGGUGAGCAUCGAGCACCGGGACGCCUCGGCUUACGUACUUAGGUGCCUGAAGGUAUGGUUCGAGCUGCCCUCGGACGUCUUGUUGAACGCCAUAAACCUGAUGGACCGUUUCCUCACGAAAAUGAAAGCGCGCAAGAAGCACAUGGCCUGCAUAAGCGUCUCGGCCUUUCACAUAGCCGCCGUCGAAAUGGCCCACAAGCAGCUCGACGUCGACUUCCUCGUCGCCAUAUCCCAGUGCAAGUGCACCAGCGGGGAUCUCAAGCGCAUGUCCGAGGUCAUACGGAACAAACUCGAGUGGAACCCGGGCAGCCAGCCGGUCACCGCCCUCACCUUCCUCCGCGUUUACUACCUCAUGUUGCACGCCGUCGCCAAGCAACUAGGCCUCGGCGACCUCUACGCCGAACUCGUCCAGGAGUCAGAGUUGCUCGUGUACAUGGAAAACGUCGCCUGUGACGGCAACUGCGCGAGCAUGAGGCAGUCCGAGGUGGCUCUGGUGCUGAUGUUCAUGUUCAUCAACGACGUGGUGAACAACUCGCUCGAGGGAAAAUCCAAGAGACGGGCCGAGGCGAGGAGCGACGAUGUAAAUAACGUUGUCGAGCUUCUGCGGGAGAGAGCGCCCGAGUUGCUCAAGCUCAACGCCUUCGCGGACGAUUUCAAGAAAUUGUGCAAGAUCUCCGAUGCAAACUUUGUUGCGACGCACGAAUCUGUGAGUGCAAUCCUGAGAAAGUACAACGGCCAACAGCACACGCCGUACAAGCAAAGGCUCAUUUGGAAAUUGUCGUCCCGAACGGCGCGUUUGCUGCGGCCGACCGACAAACUCACCUCCGUUUUGCCCUCGAUCGCUGAGAAUCCGUCACCCAAAAAGAUAAACAAGAGGAACCGGAAAUUUGCGCGUCUACAGAGUUUCCAGGGUUUCCAAGGCCUGCAAAACAUUCCAGGCCUUGAGAAUUUCCAAAGCCGACAGAUGCACAAGCGGCGCUAGGUGUAGAGGAGCAUUUUCGUCGAAGAAAGGACACAGUAGUCCAGUGGCAUUCAAGUUUUUUGUAUCUGUAAAACUCAUCAGCCGUUCAAUUACAAAGUUCAUCCUAUUUUUUUACAAUAAGCAGUACUUGAUACGGCAAAAGUACAGUUUUGUUUGGUAAUCGUCCUUGCUGGACAGGUAGUUGUAAUUUGAGCUGUGAAUGCGAUAAAGUAUCAUUAAUUUGACAAACUUUUGAGAGGAAAUGAAUCGUAAAAAAAAGAAUGAGAUAAUAAAUUAGAAACAAUGGAGAUGAAUGUGAUAAGAUGUUACAGUGGUUUAAAGAAAUAGUACUCUCGUCCACUGUUGAAGUAUUUAGGUAUAUUUUAUCUUAAAUAUAUAUGUAUGAAAAUAUGUCUACCAAAUAC